CAAAUAAACGUAGAAAAAUAGAAAGAACAAAAGCCUAUUCUUCAUCUGCCUCUUCUUCGGUUUCUUCCUUUGCCAUAUCUCUCGCUCUCUUCAACAAGAAAAAAAAAAAAAAAAAGAGAAAAAUGAAGAAAGAAACUGUCUGAGGAAGAGCUAAAUUAGCAUUUUUUAAAAUCCGAAUUUGGUCCCUCAAUUUCCACUUUCCUUUUGGAAAACACCCCGUUAUUUCAUUUCCUUGUUUUGUCACUUCAACAGGAACUCAAAAGAACCCAUUUAAAAGCUAUAGUUUUUCUCCCUUUUUUUUUUUUUGGUAAAAAUGGAAUCUUUUUCCAUAAAAUAGAUAAAAAAAACUAACACCCAACUGGCUAUUUUGUCCCAACAGAUAAGCUUGAUUUGCUUUAAAAAGCAGCAUCGGUUUCUUCAACAGAUCCUCUUCCAAAGUAAAAUCUCCCUUGAGUUCAUAUAGUGUAAGUUUAUUGGCUAAAGAUUUGGUUUUCCUUCUGGGGUUCUAGUUUUAUUUGUAAUUUUUAUUUUGUGUUGAAAUUGUGGUUCUAUUUCGUGGGUUAUUUUUGGUUGGUGUAAAGAAUUAGUUGAAUCUUCAUUAAAGUGCAAAUUCUUUGUUUAUAUUAUAAGAAAGUGAGGAUUUUUGGGUUUUCAGGGGAAUGGAAUCGAUUUUCGAUUCGAUUUAGAUAUUAAAAGAAGCUCUUUUCACCCUUUGUGUUGGCUGAAGAUUUGUUUUUUCAUUUUUUUUUUUUUGGUGUGUUGAAUAUUGUACUUGUUGAAUCUCGAUAGAGAAGGAGAGAGAGUUUCGGGGAGUUUGUAUUUAAGAGUGAGGAGUUUUUGAGGUGGUAGGAGUAAUGGUGUCUAAAAAUGAUCCGAUUGAAUCGAUUUCAAAUUCGAUUCAAUUAAUAAAAGAAGCAUUUUUACCUCUUGAAUUGGGUGUUAAGAAAGCUGCAAAAGAUCUUGAAAGUUGUUGGGGGGUGUCAAAUGAUAAAGGAAAUAAUCUUGAAUUGAUUGCCCAAUUGAAUGGUAGUGAUAGGGAUAGUAAGGUUCAAAUCUUUGGUAUGAAGAAGUGUAAUGGUAGUUUUGGUAGUGGUGUUGCUAAUGGGCAGUAUUCUGUUGGUGGUGAAGAGAGAAAGAAAGGGCUUUCUAUUAAGGUUCCCAUCAAGGCUUUUAUAGGAAUGUUUUCGCCGGCAAAUGGGCAGAACAGUGAGAAGGUUGAGUUAGUUAGGAAAGGAUUGAAACAAAAGGAUGCGGAUAGAGAUGAAGGGUGUUGUAUUAAUUGCUUUCAGUUUGUAGUGACUUGGUCAGUGUUGGUUAACAGUUUUGUCCAGGCUAUACCAAGCUCGUUUAAGUCAGGGAGGAAAAGAAUUCAGAAAAUGGGUGACAAAGAUAAAGGGUGUCGAAAUUCUUCUACUCAUGACAUGAAAUCAAAGGCUCCAUUUGAGUUUAAGUGUAGAAAGGCAAGGGCUCAGUUUAUUGCAAAGAAUGAGGGUAUGGAGCAUAAUGAUGGCAAUCAUGUAUCAUUUGAAUGCUUUAUAGGGUUUAUAUUUGAUCAGUUGACUCAAAAUCUUCAGAAGUUUGAUAAACUUCUACAGGAAAGUAAUCAGAAGCAUUUUGAUUGUCGACAGGCUCCAUCUUCUCCUUCUCAGCUUGAUCACUUUAAAGCAGUGACAAGUAUUUGGGAAGGUCGAAAAGUUAAUGUAAAUGGGUUUUUGGGAAAUUUGAAGUUUGCCAGAGUGGGAGGUGUUCCAUCAGGUAUAGUUGGAGUUGCUUCUUCAGUGAACGAAGAGGGUGGUGAUGGUGUUAGUGCUGGCAGUAGGGAAGAAACAGGUAGUCACUCCCCACAGAAACUGGCCAGUGGGAUACUUGGUAUUCCUCUAUCAAAUGUGGAGCGUUUGAGAUCCACCUUAUCCGCUGUCUCACUGACGGAAUUGAUUGAGCUUCUACCACCUUUGGGCCGCUCUUCACAAGACCAUCCUGACAAGAAGAAAUUAUUCUCUGUCCAGGAUUUCUUCAGAUAUACAGAGUCUGAAGGGAGGAGGUUCUUUGAAGAACUGGAUAGAGAUGGUGAUGGACAAGUAAAUUUAGAAGAUCUUGAAGUUGCUGUGAGAAAAAGAAAACUGCCACGGAGUUAUGCUCGGGAAUUCAUGCGCCGCACUAGAAGUCAUCUAUUGUCAAAAUCUUUCGGUUGGAAGCAGUUUUUGUCCUUGAUGGAACAGAAGGAGCCAACUAUUCUUCGAGCAUAUACUUCUCUCUGUUUAAGCAAGUCCGGGACCCUCCAAAAAAGUGAAAUAUUGGCAUCUCUUAAAAAUGCUGGACUUCCAGCAAAUGAAGACAAUGCUGUUGCUAUGAUGCGAUUUUUGAAUGCAGAUUCUGAAGAAUCUAUUUCAUAUGGACACUUCCGCAAUUUUAUGCUUCUGUUGCCUUCUGAUCGACUACUUCAAGAUGAUCCUCGGAAUAUCUGGUUUGAAGCUGCAACCGUCGUUGCUGUUGCACCACCUGUGGAAAUACCAGCUGGAAGUGUUCUUAAAUCUGCAUUGGCAGGGGGUCUUUCAUGUGCACUUUCCACAUCUUUAAUGCACCCAGUUGAUACUAUAAAGACUCGGGUGCAAGCAUCAACCCUGACCUUCCCAGAAAUUAUUUCAAAGCUUCCACAAAUUGGUGUACGGGGGUUAUAUAGGGGUUCAAUCCCUGCAAUUCUUGGACAAUUUUCAAGCCAUGGCCUGCGAACAGGAAUAUUUGAAGCAAGUAAGCUUGUACUGAUCAACGUUGCUCCAAACCUCCCUGACAUCCAGGUUCAAUCCAUGGCAUCCUUCUGCAGCACAUUUUUGGGAACAGCAGUGAGGAUUCCUUGUGAGGUACUAAAGCAGCGUUUGCAGGCUGGCCUUUUUGACAAUGUUGGAGAAGCUCUUGUUGGUACUUGGCACCAGGAUGGUCUGAAGGGUUUUUUCCGUGGGACCGGGGCCACUCUUUGUCGUGAGGUGCCAUUCUAUGUUGCUGGGAUGGGCCUUUAUGCUGAAUCCAAGAAGCUUGCCCAGCAACUUCUGAGACGGGAACUGGAACCUUGGGAAACGAUUGCCGUUGGAGCUUUAUCUGGAGGGUUAGCUGCUGUGGUCACUACACCUUUUGAUGUCAUGAAAACUAGAAUGAUGACUGCUCCAGGGGGCCGACCCAUAUCAAUGUCAAUGGUAGCCUUUUCUAUACUCCGCCAUGAGGGACCUCUCGGUCUGUUUAAAGGAGCAGUACCCCGGUUUUUCUGGAUUGCUCCCUUAGGCGCCAUGAACUUUGCCGGCUAUGAGUUGGCAAGGAAGGCCAUGGACAAAAAUGAAGACGUGGCUUCCAGUCAACUCUCCCAAAAGAAAUUGGCUAAUUCUGGGUAGAUACAAAUCCUUCUAUAGUAAGAACAUAAUCUACAAAUGGCCUCUGGGUUUUUGUUAGUGGUCAAAGUAACUGAAUGCUGUCGGAAAUUUUGGUGCCUUUCCCCCAUAACUAUCAGCAGCAAGUUCUUAAAAUUUAAUUUGUCGACAACACCUUUUUACUAGAACAUUGUAAUUUCUUACAGUUUACACAUUUUGUAACCCCAGGCUUCUUUUGAAUCAAUAUUUGAUCUGCCAGGGGAGUGGUGGGUCAGAUAUGCUGAUCAGCUCUUGGGUUAAACUUGUAUCUUGAAUCCAGUUUUCGUUAUUUCGUGUACAUUCUUUGUGCUGUAAUUGUUCUUUGCUUCAAUUGUAUACAUAAUAAAAGGGGUAGCUUCAUA